AUAUUUAAGUUUUCGAUAUUCUACUCGUUGCACGGAUUAUGCGGCAGCGUUUUACGAUUUUGUGUAAAAAAUAUUCCACAAAAAGCUAUCAAAUGUUGUAUAAUGUUUUCAUUAGAAUUAUUGUCAAUCUUCACGGACUUGUUUUAACUAGUUUCAGUUUUAAUUCGCUUAAGAUAGCAUGUGUAAAAAAAUUUUCGUCGACGCUAGAAACUAUGGUGCCCUAAAGGAUAUUGGAGGCACACACCUCUUACCGCCAACCGUUACCACUGGUAAACAAUUUGCGACGAAACUACCGUUCCCCAUGCAGAAUGGCUGCUUCGAAGGUGGCGAAGCAUCAGCAUCAGUCGAACUCUGUUCCUAUAGCACAAGUUUGGCGCGAUGAACAUCCGGAUCGUUACGUUCUCACUGUAAAGGAAAAGCGAACGUAUAGAACAAGAUAUCCCUUAACUGGGCAAAUGCUUCUUCCGCCGAAAAAAAUUAAUGACGAACGCGCCACUUUAGUCCUCGACCUCGACGAAACGCUCAUUCAUUCCAAAUAUGAUCCACAGGAUCCGCUAUCGUUGACGGUUACAGUAAUACCACGUCCUCACGUGAAGCCGUUCUUGACCACGAUCAGCAACUGGUACGAGGUAGUUGUGUUCACGGCUUCGCUUCCCUUCUACGCAGAUGAAAUCCUCGAUGACCUUGAUCCGAACGGCGAAAUCUUCCAUCACAGGUUGUAUCGACAACAUUGCUCCUAUUUCCAGGGCGUUUUUGUUAAAGAUCUCGAACGACUAGGGCGGCCAAUGAAUCAAGUGAUUCUCGUUGAUAAUUUCCCCGGUGCUUACAUGAUGCAGCCGAGGAAUGCUUUACCGAUACGAUCCUUCUUAGGUGAUCCCAAUGACAGAGAGCUGCUUCAAGUGCGCAGGGUUUUAAAGUUGGUAAAAGACAAAACGAAUGUUCGACCUUUUCUCAAGCGAUAUCAAAGGCACUGGACGGCCCGAACUUAUUUAAAGAAAGACACUGAUGACGAUGAGUCCGCUAAUUUGGCCUAGUGCGAUGACGUUCAGUGAAAACGAGCGAGCGAGAGAGAGAGAGAUAAAGAGAAAGGGAUUAAAAAAAAUUACCACUAUCGACAAAAUUUUACAACGAAAACUGCGACCAAAUAUCCGUAUACUUGCGCAAUUUCUAUAGUAUUUUUUUUAUGAUAUCUAUUUAGUUUUCAAAUUUCAGUCCGAUUUACGUUACAUUAUAUGGUGAGCAUAUCAGAUGCAAUUAACGAAUGUUUGUCAGAACAUGUAUUACAAUUGUACUUUAUAGCUAAGUAUUCGGUGGGAGCCUAUGUACUAUUACGGUAGAGCCACGAAGUCAAUUAUGAUGGUGUGACUGACGAUGUAAAGUUAAAUGUCGAGCAAAUUUGUGAUAGGUGAACGCAUCAUGCACUCCCACAAAGCUCCCAGACAGUCAGUGGUGUCGUCACACUCUCAUCCAGAUAUAAUACACAAACACUAUUAGCCGAUAUGCAGGUAACAUAUUCCAACAACGGGAGAUAACGUCGUGCCAUCAAAUCAGCUUCAGAUCUUAAAAACUCGUUUCCUUUUUUUCUACUGAAUUGACGAUGGUCGAUUAUGGUAAAUAGCUCAUAGAAAAUUAAGCGCUUCUAUCCAGGCGAAUAUUAUGUUGGACUAAAUCUUGAUGAGGGCAAGUUAAAUCGCAUUUUUUCGUCUUUUUAUUGAUUUCGUAUUUUUACGUUGCAAAAAAAGUAUUUGGCAACAUUCACUGAAUCUGCAUGGAUGAAAUUAUCAUAUCACAUAGU